AUUCAGUGCUGUAUUGAUACAUGAAGAGAUUUAUGUUAGCAGGAGACACAAAGCUGAUAUAAUUUGCAAUAAACCAAAAGAGAAGGCUUUUCUAUAGUGAAGAUAAACAAAUUCUAAAGCUAUUGUGUGUGUGUGUGUCUCACGAGUCGUCUUCUCCUAAAAUGGAAAUGAAGAUGAACAUCUUGAGGAUGAUGGUGUCGAGGAGUGGCUUGAUAUGAUUCUCUGAACACUUUCAGAUUCCGAGUUCUUCAUUCAGAGCCUUCAGGUUGAUUCGACCCUCGUCUUUGGUGCCGCUGUGUGGCACGAGGAACUGUCAGGAUGAAGAAGGAUUGGGAAUUACUUGGAUUGCUUCUUCUAACAGUGUGUUUUCAUGUCAACAAUGGCCAGAAAGUUGUAUGUACGCAGGAGGCCGUGGCUGACAUUGUGUUCCUGGUGGAUGGCUCGGCCAGCAUCGGGCUGGAAAACUUCCAACAAAUCCGUGUAUUCCUCUCCUCGCUAGUAAGCAUCUUCGAAGUCGCCCCCGACAAAGUGCGCCUCGGUCUGGUCCAGUACAGCGACACACCCCGCACAGAGUUUUUACUCAAUACUUACCAGAACAAAGAGGACAUUCUCAACUACAUAAAGAAUUUGCGUUAUAAAACCGGCGGCACGCAUACCGGCCAGGGUUUAGAGUUCCUGCUGAACCAUCAUUUCGUCCCGGAGGCGGGAAGUCGCACGCAGAACAACGUUCCUCAGAUUGCCGUCGUCAUCACGGAUGGAAACUCGCAGGAUGAGGUGGAACCGCACGCUCAGAAGCUCAGAGAAAGAGGGAUCAAGUUGUACGCCAUCGGGAUCAAAGAUGCAGACGAUAUCUUGCUGAAACAGAUCGCCAACAGGCCGUACGAUCAACAUGUCUACAGCGUCUCGGACUUCGCGGCUCUGCAGGGAAUCUCUCAGAGUAUCAUUCAUGAACUGUGUACUACUGUAGAGGUCUCCGUGACAACCAAAGACUGCAAUGAGACGGCUCAGGCAGACGUGGUGGUCCUCGUGGACUCAUCCAGUAGCAUCGGCGAAAAAAACUUUGCGGAAGUGAGGAAGUUCCUUCAUGCCGUUGUGGACAAAUUCAACCUUCGAGUGGACAAGGUGAGACUGGGACUCGUCCAGUUCAGUGACCAGCCGUACCCAGAGUUUCUCCUCGGUGACUACGUAGACAAGAAAGACCUGCACCGAAAACUGGACAAUCUCAUCUACCGGAAAGGAGGAACCAAUACCGGUCAGGCUCUCACUUUCGCUCAAGAGAACUAUUUCAACCUCGCCAGGAAUAACGUACCUCGGAUCGCCAUAGUCAUCACCGACGGCGAAUCACGUGACCCCAUGGAGGAACCUGCUCAGAAGUUACGAAAUCAGGGAGUUUCCAUCUUUAUCAUCAAAGUGGGAAAGGGCAACAUCUCAAAACUGCGCGCCAUCGCUAACAGCCCGCAUGAGGAGUUCUUGUUCAGUAUCGACAGCUAUCAGGAACUGCAGGGUCUGCAAGAGAGUCUGCGCAACAAACUCUGCUUUACCGUCAGUGAACAGUUGAUGGGUUUUGUCCCCAAAUUUGCUGAUCUCUUCAUACUGGUUGAUAGCUUAGCAUCUAAACAAGACUCAAUUUUAAUAAGGAAUUUUCUGCCAAGAUUGAUCAACCAGCUGAACACGGGUAAGGAUUCCAAUCGCGUUGGCUUGGCUCAGUUCAGCGAAAAUGUCAAAGAAGAAUUCUUGCUCAAUACUGACAAGUCCAAAGCUGAGAUGGUGACCCACGCCCGGAGCCUUCAGCUGAAGCCCACGGGUCAGCGCAGAAUCGGUAAUGCCAUUGAAUACGCUCGCAAACAUUUCCUCACCAACGCUGCGGGGAGCCGCGUCUCUGAUGGCUUUAAACAGUUCCUGUUAGUCAUCGCAGCUGGAGAAUCAGCCGACAGUACCGUCCAGGCAGCUCGCUCCAUCAAAAAAGACGCUGUGACAGUUUUCGCAGUUGGUUUGCCUAAAGCUGAUCCGGAUGAGAUGGAGGAUAUCUCGAGUCGACCGAACAGCUUCCGGAUAAUAAAUACUAAUACAGCUGUUCAAGUGCAGCAGAAGAUCAAGACCGCUAUUGAAACGGCGGACGAACUUGCCGUCACACAAGAAUGCACGUUGGACGUAGUGGCAGAUAUUGCAUUUAUAGUCGAUCAGUCCAGCAGUAUCAGAUCCAGAAGCUUCCAUCUAAUGCGAAACUUUCUGGAGAACACCAUCAGAGGUCUGGACGUGGGCAAAGGUAAAAUAAAGGUGGCGGUGAUCCUCUACAGCGACGUCCCUCGGGCUGACGUUUACUUUAACACUUUCGAGGACAAGGCCGAUAUCCUGCGCUACAUUAACAGCAUCUCAUACGGCCGCGGCAAGACAUACACCGGAGCCGCUCUCACGUUUGCCAAAGAUCAGGUUUUCACCAAAGCGAGAGGCAGCAGAAGAGACCAGCGCGUUCAGCAGGUGGCCAUCGUCAUCACUGAUGGGAAGUCCACGGAUGAUGCGGCCAGCGCGGCGGCGGCGCUGCGGCGUUCUGGCGUCACUGUGUUUGCUCUCGGUAUAAAAGACACGCAAGAAUCUGAUUUGAAAAAAAUCGCGUCGUACCCACCCCGGAAGUUUGUGUUUAAUGUGGAACGCUUUGAUGAGCUGAAUUCACUGGCGAAGAUUUUACCCAGAAUGCUGUGCAAUGAUGUCGCAGAUGCUGUGAUACCUGUGAGAUUAAACGCGGUACAGGAAGGAUGCCAGCUAACAGCAGAAGCCGACAUCUACUUUCUUCUGGAUGAAUCUGGAAGUAUUUCCUACGAUGAUUUUGAUGAGAUGAAGAAAUUUAUUAUGGAAUUCCUCGAAGUGUUCGAGAUCUCGCCGGAUAAGGUGCGCAUCGGUGUGGUGAAGUUUGCCAGCCGAGCGACCGUGUCUUUCCGGUUGAACACGUACAGCACAAAAACGGCCGUCCAGCAGGCGGUGAAAGAUCUGAUCAUGGAAGGAGGCGGCACCAGGACCGAUCUGGGAUUGAUGGAAAUGAUUCCGCUGUUCAAGGAUGCCGCACACACAAGAGAGAAGAAGGUUCGCGAGCUUUUGAUCGUCAUCACGGACGGCAAGUCAGAAGACAGAGGGACGCCGGUGGAGGUCCCUGCUGAGGAGCUGAGGAACAUGAACGUCACCAUUUACGCCAUCGGUGUGAAAGACGCAUCUAUGUCUGAGCUGGAGCUAAUAUCCGGCAGCAGGAAAAGAACAUUUUAUGUUCAAAACUAUGAUUUCCUCAAGCACAUCAGGAAAGAAAUCCUUAAAGAAAUAUGUUCCUUUGAAGCAUGUGAAGGUCUUCUGGCAGAUGUCGUCUUUCUCAUCGAUGGCUCUGAAAGUAUUGCCCCCGAGGACUUCAACAAGACCAAGGAUCUGCUGGAGUUUAUGGUCGAAAACUUCGCGAUCGGUCCAGACAAGGAGCGAGUUGCUGUUGUUCAGUACAGCACAAACCCAAACCAGGAGUUUUUAUUAAACGCUUUUGACGAUAGGAGAAAAAUAAUACAUGAGAUAAGAACUAUACAACAGAUGAGUGGAAAAACAUACACUGGAAAAGCCCUCACAGAGGUGUCGCAGAUAUUUGACGUGUCGAGUGGCGGGCGGCCCAAAGCUUUGAAGUUCCUGAUAGUCCUUACGAAUGGAGACAGUGAAGAUGAGGUAGGGACGCCCGCUGAAGACCUGAGAGACAACGGCAUUAAUAUUUAUUCCAUUGGCAUGGGACCUUCAAACCGGCUGGAGCUGGAUGCGAUUGCUGGGUCUCACGAAAGAAUUUUCUUCGAAGAAAACUUUGAGUCUCUGCAUGAAUUAGGCAGCGAGGUCCUUCUGAAGAUCUGUAACACGGAAUGCAAGAGACCUGAACUGAUGGAUGUCAUCUUCCUUCUGGAUGCCGCUGGCACACCCAAUAAAACUGGCUUCCUGGAAAUGAAAACCUUUAUGUCAAAUGUGGUCCGCAAGUCUGAACUAGGAGAAAAGCGGGUGCGCUUCGGUGCGAUCGUCUACUCCAGCACCCCUCAUUCCGAGUUCACGCUAAACCAAUACUACAAACAGGCCGAUGUUGAAAGAGCCGUCUCGAGUCUCAAAGCCUCGGGGGGAAGCAGAAACACGGCUCAGGCCCUGAGGUACGCGCUGACCUACUUUAGCCAGGAUCACGGGGGACGACGUGCAAAAAAUGUCCCACAGGUGCUCUUCCUGAUCACAGAUGGACAGGUGGACGAUCCCGCCGGUCUGGAGAAAUGGGACGGUUUACUGGUAGCUUCGGAAGUCAACCUCUUUGCUAUUGGUGCGGCAGGAGCCCGGGAGGUGGAGCUAAGAACGAUAGCAGGAAGCAGAGGAAAAGUUCUCUAUGUGAACGACUAUCAUGGGCUGACCGGACUUCAAAAACAAAUCACGCGUGAGCUCUGCAAUCUCACUAAACCAGUUUGUGAGAAAGAGAUGGCAGACCUUGUAUUUCUAAUCGAUGGAUCAGAAUCUAUCAAGGCUCCAAGUUGGGAUGUAGUCAAAAAAACAAUGUUCGGCAUCGUGAAAGAGCUCGAUAUCGCUCCAGACAAAUGGCGAGUGAGUGUCGCCCAAUUCAGCGAUAUUUUUUUGGACCACUUUUACUUGAACACCUACAGUAGCUUAGCAGGUGUAAAUGCGGGUAUUCAAGAUAUCAAACAAAGAAAACAGGGCACGAACACAUGGAUGGCCAUAAGACGUAUUAAGGAAUACUUCACCUCAAAGCAUGGAUCCAGAAUCGCUGAGGGAGUCUCGCAGAAUCUGCUGCUCAUCACAGACGGAGAGGCUAAUGAUGACAAGGACUUGGAAGCCUUGGCCGAUCUCAGAGCCAAGAAGAUUGAAAUCACUGUUAUUGGUGUUGGAAAAGAAAUAAGAAAAUCUGAGUUGCUCGAGAUAGCUGGAACGCCCGAUCGGGUCCUGAUCGAGACCUUCGAAAGCCUUAAGCUGAAGACUACCAUAAAGAAAGUGUUGAGUCUGCUUUGCCGUCACCACCAAUCCAUAGACCCUAGGGAUUGCAAUAUUGACAUUGGGAUCGGGUUUGACGAGUCCAGACGGGCGACCACACAGCCUCUGUUAAGACCUCAUGUAGAGCCGCUGGUCCGAGCAGCACUUCACAGCGUCUCCGUGAUGCCAGAUCUGUGCUGCAUCACCACCGACAAAAUCGAAACUAAAAUAGGCUACAGGCUUGUUUCUGGUCAGGACGGCAGAGUUCUGGAGGAUUUUGACUUUGAGAAGUACAACGAGGAUGUGGCCAAGAAGGUGCUGUUACUGCGACCCGCCGUUCCUCUGGCCUUCAACACAUUCCUCUUGGAUUCCUUCAGAGAAAAGUUUGUCCGCUCCACUGCUAAAGUGAAGGUGUUGAUACUCUUCACAGACGGGUUGGACGACACUAUUGAGCAUUUGAUGGCGAGUUCGGAGAAACUCAAACACAGUGGGGUCAGCUCGCUGUUGAUCGUGUCUUUGGAGGGAGUCGUUGAUUUUCACCACCUGGAAUUUGGCCGAGGAUUCGACUACACGCAGCCACUGUCCAUUAACAUGCUGAAUGUAGGCAACGCUCUCAUGAAACAGAUUGAAUCAGUUGCUCUGAAAGAAUGCUGUAAUGUUUCGUGUUCAUGCACUGGUAUAUCUGGACCACGAGGACCCCCUGGUCGCCCGGCUCAAAAGGGCCUCCCGGGUGAGAUGGGAUACCCUGGAUUUCCUGGAGAUGAGGGUGCUAUGGGUGAGCGAGGACCGCCGGGGUUGAAUGGAACUCAGGGACACAACGGUUGCCCUGGCAACAGAGGAGGCAAGGGUCAGCGAGGCUACACUGGAAAUAAAGGAGAAGAUGGGGAGGACGGUCUCGAUGGAGUGGAUGGGGAACAGGGUGACACUGGUCUACAGGGGCUUGCAGGACCUGAAGGAGAUCCAGGCGAUGCUGGUAUGAAGGGUUUUAAGGGCUCUCCUGGACCCAAAGGACAUCGUGGUGUGAGAGGAGAUCCUGGCUCACCAGGACUACACAACAGAACUCCAGGUCUGAAGGGCGAGAGAGGGGAGGCGGGACCCCCGGGUGACGAGGGGCUUCCCGGACCCCCGGGUGACAACGGCGAAAGCGGAGAUCCUGGUGCUCCUGGGAGACGAGGCCUGCCGGGACUUCUGGGUGUCACAUCAGAUGAAAGAGGUGACCCGGGCCAGCGAGGACCUCAGGGUUACCCUGGACCAACAGGAGCAGCUGGUGGAGUCGGGACCACAGGAGACAGAGGUGAACCAGGUGUACCUGGAGUUCAGGGUCCGACCGGCCCGUCUGGAGUUGAAGGGUCUGAAGGAAAGCCGGGACGCAGAGGGUCGAGGGGUGUACCCGGUGACAUGGGGAUCAAAGGAGACCCGGGGCCAGACGGAUUCAAAGGACCUCCGGGUCAGGAUGGAAGAGAUGGAUUUGGACCGGCUGGACCCAAAGGGAACAAGGGAAAGCCAGGAUACAUCGGCCUCCCUGGUUUACAGGGUGAGGACGGUGCCAAAGGAUCCGGCGCAAGUAAAGGACACAAAGGCUACCGAGGAACACCUGGGAACGCUGGUGCUUCAGGUAUUCCAGGUGAUCCCGGGGAAAGAGGCAUGGAUGGACACAGGCUGCACAUGAGACACAUUGACUACAAGCAAAACAAUCAAAGUUGUACCUGCAAAAACAAGAAAAGGUUGAAAACAGAAGACAGACACACCCACACACAAAACACUCCACACACACAACACGCACACGCACCAACACACAGAGACACACACACGGAUGCGCACGCACACACACACAACACACACACACGUACGUACACAGACAAGUACGCACACACACACACACGCUCAGUGAGAGCACACGGCAAUAGAGGAUCGCCUGGAGCCAGUGUAAUGCCUGAAUGUGAACUGGUCGAGUACAUCCGCAACAACUGUGCUUGCUGUACAGCUAACAGAGGUCAGUGUCCAGCGUACCCCACAGAACUGGUGAUCGCUCUGGACAUGUCGGCCGGCGUCACCGCUCAGGUCUUCGAGCAGAUGCGAUCCGCCGCCCUCUCCUUACUGGAGAACAUUUCCAUUGCUGAGACCACCUGUCCGUGGGGGGCUCGCGUGUCCGUGAUCUCCUACAGCAGCGAGUCCAAGUACCUGAUCCGCUUCUCAGAUCACCAUCAGAAGAAACUCCUGCUGGAGGCCUUGAGCAGUAUUCCUCCGGAGAGAACCACGAAAACCAGAGAAAUCGGACAGGCCAUGCGCUUCGUGGCGCGGAACGUCUUCAAACGCGUUCGAGAGGGACAGCUCAUGAGAAAAGUGGCCGUGUUCUUCACGAACGGGCUGUCGGAAGAUGCGUCCAGCAUUAAAACAGCCAUGCUGGAGUUCAAGGCUGCGGACAUCGGUCUCGGAGUCGUGGCCUUACGCCCGGCCAAUGAUGUGCAGCUGGCUGUUCAGGUUGAUGACACGAGAAGCUUCAUCGUGGUUGAUGGAGAGGGAGUCAGUCGUAUUAAACAGUGCGUCAUUUGUUUCGACCGUUGUAACCCGGAUCCAGCCUGUGGCAUUAAUGUGAAUCCAGAACCCCUGCGGAUGGAUUUGGAUCUGUCUGUGUUAAUGGACGCCUCUGAUAACCUGAACCCUCAACAGCAUCUCAGCGUGAAGGAUCUCACACUUUCUCUGUUGGAUUCUGUUGACGUGAGCAGCGAGCCGAGCGCCGCCGACGGCAAAACCAGAGUGUCCGUCUACCAACAGAGCUCCACAUACAGCUCCUCUUAUAUCCACGAGGAGUUCAGCUUCACUACAUUUCAAGAUCGCAGCGUGAUGAAGAGACACAUUACAGAUACGGUGAAGCAAGCGGGCGGGGCGUCCCGUGUCGAGUUCGCUUUAGAAUGGAUGAUCACAAACGUUCUCCUGAAAGCCGAGAGACCACGGAAGAAGCAAAUGAUCGUGGCCGUCUUUGGCCAAGAGCACUUGAACAAAGCUCAGCUUGACUAUGUGUCUAAACUGUGUAAGUGUCAGAAUGUUGUUAUGUUUAUCGUCAUGGCGGGACAGACGUUCGACUGGAGACAGAUGGAGAAGCUCACCAGCUUUCCUCUGGAGCAAAGGCUCGUGUUCCUGGGAUCUGCCAGACAGAGAGAUCAAGAGUACGCCGGACGCUUCAUCAACGCCUUUCUACACCUGCUGAACAGACAGCCCAUUCCUCGAUCUGAUGCUCCGGCCCGUGAAUGUGAUGCUUUUCAGCCGAGAACCGUAGAGUUUGGACAAUCCGUGGAGAGAGAGGUCAUGCUCACCGUUCCCCCAACAGAAGAAGCUCAAGAGGAAGAUGAAGAGGAAUAUGCAUACACCGAAUCCUAUCUAAACGACUCCACUUUUACAGAAGAACACACGGAGGAACACGAAGAGGACCCAGCCGAGCCUCCCAAGAUCAAACACGAAUUGGAAAAUCACCCACAGGAUGAUCCCAAUCCAAACGAGGACGUUUGCCAGCUUGAUUAUGAUGCGGGAAGAUGCUCGGAGUAUUCAGUGAAGUGGUACUUCAACGUCCACAGCGGUGAAUGCCUUCGCUUCUGGUACGGCGGCUGCGAAGGGAACGGCAACAGGUUUAAUACUCGCAAGGACUGUGAGAUUGGCUGUCUAUAGAGUCCAGAAAAGCAUCUGCUGACACGUCUAAACUGUGAUAUUUAAUGAAUCGAAUGCAUCCUGAUUCAUAUUGACGUCUUAGGGAAUCGGCUUUUACAGCAGCUUCGUGCAUUUGUACAGAUGAGUUGGUACAUACAACAGCUGGUGUAUUUAAAUGAUGAUUUUUGAUCAAAGGAACGAAUGUUUGUUUGAUUAUAUUAAUGUAUUACCCGGUAGCAGAAUUUGUGAAAAGAGAAGUAUGUCCGUAUGGUGCUACAAAAGGUUUUUCACAGCAGAACCAUUUUUGGUUCCUUAAAGAACCGGUCCGUUCAUGCCUUUUUAUAGUCUAAAGAACCAUUUUUUCACUAUACCAAGAACUUGCCGAUAUUCUUGACACGGCGAAUUCGUGUCACUGGUUGGGCCAGUGCUUUUAAUAUCUCAGGUGUGCUUUAGACUAACUGCAUGAAGCGUGCUCCAGAAUGACUAACUAGGUGCCAUUUUAGUCAACAUUUGCCAUCUCUGUGUGCAGUUCACUGUAUUUCAGUCAAACAAACAGAAAUACACACGUUAUCUUUAGCUUAUAAUGCUACUUUAGUUACAUUGAUGUUAGUGAAAGUUGUAUUUGUAUCUCGUUUUUAAAAACUUGAACUCCCUUGGGUUGAGUUGGCCAUUGUGUUUCUGUUUUUUUCGAGGAAUAAAAACACUUUGGUAA